AUGUUGCAAUACGACUCAUCACAAAUUACAAUUGAUUCAAAACAUCAAAUAACGUCUGUGCCUAAAUUUGGCUUGAAGUUUAAAUUUAAUCAUAAAUUUCCUGAUAAAGAAAAGUUUUCUCAAAACUUGAAACCAUCUUGGAAACAGAUUUGGGACUUGGUUCCAAUGAUGUUUCGCUAUGUUCCUUAUUAUUGGAAAAAUUCCCAGACGGGUCAACCCAUUCUUAUGGAUUAUUUUUCAAUGCAAAAUAGUUUAGGAAUCUAUGGGUGUCCAAUUGGAGGAAUUGGUGCCGGCACAAUUGGGAGAGGAUUUGCAGGCGAGUUUUGCAGAUAUCAACUUAGGCCAGGAAUUUAUGAAUACAACACUUUACAUGCAAACCAAUUUAUUGUGAACAUAAAAGAUGAGAAUGGAAGUACAAUUUUUCAAAGUGUGAUGUCAACAUUUGACCGUGCAAAAAGCUGUUUUUCGUCUUGGGAAUCGAACCUUGAUCCAGAGAAAUGCUUAUACACAGCUUUGUAUCCUCGCUCGUGGUCCGAAUAUGAUUUAUCUGAAUAUGGUGUAAAACUUGUUUGUCGUCAGAUAUCCCCUGUCAUUCCACAUAAUUAUAAAGAUUCAUCAUUUCCAUGUGCAGUGUUUGUUUGGCAGAUUGAGAAUAUAUGUAGUAAAAUACGUCACGUAUCAGUAACUUUUGUAAUUAAAAAUGGCACAGGGAAUAAGAAACAAGAUGCCAUGGGAAUGCCAAAAUCUGAGACUUUUAAAAAUGGUAACAUUUGUGGAGCAACGAUCAAACAAACCAUUGCUGGAAUGCCGUGCAACUAUUCAAUAGGAGUUCUCAAGUCGUCAGAUAAUGUCUCAGUUUCGAGCGUUUCAAAACUUGAUCCAAAUGGAAACGGAAGUACUCUAUGGAAAAAAAUUUAUUCAGAUGGAUUAGUUUCUCUUAAUAGUGAAGAUAAAAAGAUCAAAGAUAGAAAAGAAGUAUGUGUUGCAGUUUCUGGUCAGAGGGUGAUUGAACCAUAUGAUUGUAAUGAUCUAGAAUUUUGUUUUGCAUGGGACAUGCCAAAAGUUACUUUCCCAAAAAGUUCAAAGACGUAUUCAAAAUUUUACACAAAAUAUUUUGGGAGUGAUGGAAAUGCUGGAGAAAAAAUUCUAGAUUAUGCUUUAAAAAGUUACUUUGAAUGGGAACAAUUGAUCUCAAAUGAAUUCCAGAGAGACAUUCUUAAUGACCCAAAUCUUCCUGACUGGUACAAAAGUGCAAUAUUUAAUGAGCUCUACUUCAUUGCUGAUGGAGGAAGCUUGUGGAUAACGGUAGAUGAAGAUGAUCCAUUGGAAACUAAUGAUCCAAGUUUACUUCAUUUCAAGUUGAGAUCAGUAAAGUAA